CGUAAAACUUGAACCCAAGAAAUUUUAGCAAGGCAACAGCCAAUAGUGAAAAACCCUAAUAGCCAUUGCAGGGACUUCUCAACUCUUCUCAAAACAGUGCACUGAGAGAUGGGAAGCGAUAGCGAAGCAGAGAGAACUCAACAAAAGGAGGAGAAGAAGAAGAUUCUUGCUCUUGCUCCCAUCGCUAAACCUCUAGCCGGCAAGAAGCUCUGCAAGAGAACUCUCAAGCUUGUGCGUCGAGCUGCUGGACACAAAUGUUUGAAGAGAGGAGUGAAGGAAGUGGUUAAAAGUAUUCGUCGUGGACAUAAAGGAUUAUGUGUUAUAGCUGGGAAUAUUUCUCCAAUUGAUGUUAUAACUCAUGUUCCAAUUUUAUGUGAAGAAUCAGAUAUUCCCUACAUUUAUGUUCCUUCAAAAGAGGAUCUUGCAAAUGCUGGUGCUACCAAGAGGCCAACAUGCUGCGUCUUGGUGCUAACCAAGCCUGUUAAGGGGGAACUGGAAUCAGAAGAACAAGAAAAAUUGCAGGCUGAUUAUAACCAUGUUGUAGAUGAAGUGAAAGAACUCACAUCCAGGCUUUUCUGAUUGACAAGACCAAAUUGUAUUACUUUAACCAAUAUGCAAAAUUUUGGACAUUUCAUUCCUGCUUGCGGGGUAAUGUACUGUUUUCCAGCAAAUAUGAUAUGCUGUUCUGUUUAUUAAUCUGUUGAAAUAGGAUGAUAAGCAGACCUCAAUUUAUACAUCUCUAUCUGUAUGCCAA